AUGGCGUUACACAACACGGAUGACAAAGAUUCUAAAAUAUUGGCAUCGAAAAUUGCAAAUAAAUGGAUUUGCACCAACUACGUGGCUUACAAAAGAAACUGCUUCAUGUUUGAAAAAUACCGAGUGGACGCAGCUGGAAAAAUGGGCUUAAGUACAAGCGAGUGCCCAAUACAGGAUGGCUUUGGGUGGACGAACGGAAUAGUACUAGAAUUUAUGCAGAUGUACAACUCCACAGCUUCAGUAGAAAAUUGGAAAAUAACAGCACAGAGCUUCUAUGAUGAACUGACUAAUCUAACAAUUUUCGUACAAUGA